AUGGAAAAUGUUGACACCUCAGUCCAUCCUGUUAAACCAGGCUUCAUAGGAGCUGUGGCAAGGAUAACAUGCAAGGCAGUAGACAAGCAUGGAUUUGUGACAGGUAGCUACACUGUGAUGAGUGACACAGAUAAAUCAGGAUACUUCUUGGCAAAGAUGUCCUUGACAGAGAUCAAAGAAGUUGGAAACAUCACAGAGUGCAAGGGAUACCUUGACAUGUCUUCAUUGAUCUCAUGCAGCAUUCCCACCAAUGUCAAUAAGGGGAUCACCGGAAGCCCUCUUGCCGGCCCUCGCUACCUUUCCCAUAGCAAGACGCACUUGUACACUGUGGGGCCAUUCGAGUACAUCCCGGUGUUGCCACUCGGCCACUAA